CUUACACUAACAAUCGAUAGUGUCAAUAGGAGGAUUCCAAUUUCUAUAUUUCCAUAUUUAAGUGAUUUUCUUUGAAAGAAGUUCAUAAAAAACCUAAUUUAUACUUGGUUUCUUUUGAUUAAUAUUGUACAGAAAUUAUACGUUAUAAAGUUUCUUUUAGUAUUGACUCCAUAAUUAGGAUCAGAAGAGGAGUCUUUUCUAAAGUUUAUGUAGCAGCUUUUCUUCAUCUCUARUGGCUUGAAAAAUCCUUAAUUUCUGUUGCAAUAUGUCAAAAAUGUCGCUAUUUACUUCUAAAAAUUUAGAAAUAUUURUUAAUGAAUUUCUCAAAGAAGAUCUGAAACAACUAGAGCACCACAUAAAUAACUACAACGGUGAAAUCAUGGAGUAUGUGCAACUCAAAAAUACAUUAGAGGCGCUAAAUGAAAACUUUGACGGAUCCUUUAAAACACAAAUGGAUAUUGGAGGCAAUAUGUUCAUGGAGGCUAAAGUGGAUAACCCAUCCAACUCGGUCUUAGUUGAUGUAGGAAAAGGUUAUUUCGUGGAAUUCACCUUGGAGGAGGCAUUAAAAUUUCUAGAAUUUAAAGUAAAGGUACUUACAAAAGAAUGUAAUGUUCUGCGUGAAGAAAGUGUGAAAAAACGGUCCGAUAUAAAACUUGCGUUGAUGUGCAUUGCUGAACAAGAAAAGUUCUACCCGAACAACCAAGAUUAAAGGCGUUUAAGAUGUUCCUAAAUUUUAAAUA